UUCCGGGUUCAUAGGGUUCCCAUAGGGUUCAAUGAGAUAUAGGAUGGUUUAUAGGAUGUUUUAGGGUCGGAUCUGGAUCUUCCAUGGCCCUACAAGAGACUUAUGGCAACUGGUUGGGUCCCCCUCCCAUCCCAGCCAAGAGGUUGGCGAGACAAGCAGCAGGGAUUUACUCGGUCGCAGGUAACGUGGCUCCCAUUGGUCCCUUCAGGUCGGCGUCCCCCGCCAGCUUUGCUGAUGACGACGACUACGACGACGUCUCGGUGUCGGGGUCGGAUCGUGGCUCCAAACCAGCCCCAUCCAAUGAGGAUCUACAGAGCAAAGGGGGAAGCGCAGGGGUUUAUAUCUUGGCUGGGGAAGCGCCAUCAAACCCCGUAAAGACGGGUGACCCCAUGCCCAGCCCUGGACGUCGUUGCCCAUCGUCAACCAUCCUUUACGUUCUGGUGACCCUGAGCUUCUUGCUUUGGCUUUUGCUUUUGGUGUUGGCCGUGAUGAAACAGAUGGAAAUCAUGGCGGAGCUGGAGCUCUUGAGGUCGAACUACUCCCAGAGCCAGGUUCAAAUGCUCCAGGAGCUGUCGGAUUCACAUCGCGAUCAGACCAAGUUGAAGGUUGGGAUGCGAGGAUAUUACAGAGAGCUUCAAGAUAUGGCAGCCCGGAUCUGUAGAGUUCUACCCGAUAAGAAAUGCUUGGCGGGUUGGAAGGUCUUUGAAGGGAGCUGUUAUUCCUUCUCCGUUGAGAAGAUGAACUGGGAGGAUGCGAAGGAGGUUUGCGAGGAUCAAGGGGCUCAUUUGGUCAUCGUCAACUCGGAUCAGGAACAGGGCUUUCUGAAGAACAACAUCAACGGCAGCAACACGUAUUGGUUGGGGCUGACAGACGAGGAGACGGAGGGAUCGUGGAUGUGGAUCAAUGGGGACACAGUCAGCGUCAGGUUCGGGAUCCCAUAAA